GGUAUUAGAAUAACCUAUAUGAAGAUCUACGUUGAUGCAUUCAGUGGAGAAGAAAUCGUUUCUGACAGUUUCAAUAUGGAAGAGAAAUUUGAAGGAGUUAUUGGCGAAGUGCAAUCCCAAGAUAUUGUUAAAGGUGCUCUCAAUGUAGAUGUGGGUGCUGGAGGUCAUUUCGGUGGCAAGAACGAAGACGAAGAAGACGGAGGUGUAGAUGAUCAAGCCUAAAAGGUUAACAACAUCAUCGAUGCCUUUAAAUAUGCUGAAACCUAAUUCACCAAAGCCGAUUACGUUACUUACUUUAAAGCUUAUGCCAAGAAGGUCAAGGCUUACUUAGAGGCAAACAAACCAAACAGAGUUGCUUCAUUCUAAAAGGGAGCUGGCGAAUUCAUUAAAUGGGUUUCAGCUAAUUUCAAUGAACUCCAAUUCUACUGUCCUGAAUCAUAUGACAUGGAAAAUCACAUCGUUCUUGGAUAUUACAAAGAAGGACAAGCUGCCCCAGCCUUCGUUUACAUUUUAGACGGAUUAAAAGAAGUCAAGAUGUGAAAUAAAAUAAAUAAAAAUUGCAUCUGUUAAUUCGACAUUGAUUUC